AUGUGCCAGUACUGCUCUCGAGGCUUGACCCCACAGCGACAUCAAGCACACGAGGAGAAAUGUGCAUGCAAGAAGGAGAUUGCAUGGAUCACCCACCAGCAGUGGCAGCUGGAGGCCUAUAUCCUUAGUGAGGCCAUCUUGAACGCGAAGCGCAAUGCUGUCAAGUCUAUUGAUUUUCCCCGUGGGAACAAUGCUUCUGACAACUCCCUUGACCGUGAUGGUCAACCUUCUCCUCUGGGGAAUAUGGGUGCCCUCCUGGAAAGUUUGGAGACUUCAGGAGCAUCAGUAGAGCUUGUGAAACAUCCCCGCGCAUCUGCACAUUCCUGUCUCCUCGAACCAGAAAGCUCACAACUCACAUCGGCUCCCCAGGAAGACUCUCCCUCACCAAGUUCCAUGCCAUUUCGUCCAUUUGCAUCCUAUAAUGAUUACGUUUUCGCAGAUGAGCUCAUCUGGACACAUGCAAGUGCUAAAUCCAUUGACCAGCUUCUGUCUACAUAUCCACCAGGGCAUCUUACAUUCCGAAACCACAAGGAUCUAUUUCAAGUUGUAGAUCAAGCUGCUUGA